ACCCCCGCGACCCUCGUGAGGAAAAAGGGGUAGAAAAUGAAUGAAUGAAUGAAUAAUAAUAAUAAUAAUAAUACAUUUUAUUUGUAUAGUGCUUUUCAGAGUACUCAAAGAUGCUUUACAGUAGAGAAAAAUAAAUCAAAAUAGAGUUGAGUAAAAACAGAGUAAAAGAUGCAUUAAAAUACAAUAUCCAUAAAUAGAAAAUGAAUGAAUGAAUGAAUAUUAGACACACCAACCUGGAUGUAUGCUGGAGCCUAUCCCAGGGAUACACCCUGGACUGGUCGCCAGUCAAUCUCAGGGCACAUAUAGACAAACAUUUGCAAACAUAUUCAUAACUAUAUACAAUUGUAUAGUGUAUAAGUGUAUUUUUUCGGAAUCUUGGUGGAAACUGGAGUACCAGGAGAAAAACCAUGUACGUCACAUGCAAACUCUAAACCCUGGUCUUCCCGAUCUCCUGACUGUGUGUCCAACAUGCGAACCACUCACUGUGUGAGUGCCAGAUGAUCGCCUGAUUCUUGCUGUAGAUAAAAACCAUCAAAAAAACAUUGUUUCAAUGUACUUUUGUGCUGAUCUGUCCACCAUGUUUUCUUCUAAACAUCAAUAGAGUACGUUUAUGAUCAGUAUUCACACUCUUCUGGAGUCGUUGCAACAAAGUCGACGAACUUCUGUGGUCACACCUUUCUUUUUUUUCAAGGUUGAACCGCGAUCAUUUCCAGGCAUUUGUGUCAGUGGGCCUGUAGUGUGUGUGUGUGUGUGUCAGAUUGUGUGUCUUUGAGCCCACCUACACUACCUCGUCAGCAUGGAACUGAAUCUUAGACAUUCCGCCAUUGUGACCUUCAGGUGCAAAGUGAAAUAAAGGUCAAUUGAAACAAACAAACAAAAAACAGACUGUACAUAUAUUUAUACUGUUUAUUCUGUAUAUUUUGUAUCUUCAUUCUUUUUUUAAUAGAUGUGUCGCACCUACUUCACCAAAACAAAUUCCUAGUAUGUGUUUGAUCAUACCUGAUUUUUAUUCCCAAUUGAACAUUUUUGGUGGUGAGGAACAAAUGUGUCAGUUUUUUGUGAAGCUUUUUUUUACAUUUGUAAAUAAACAUAAAUGAUUUUCUGGUAGUUUGAUGUUUUUGUACAUAGUGUAUGGUUCAUGUUUUUUUUUUUUUUAUGAUUUUUUUUAAUGACUAUCCUCAAAUUUCACCAAUAAUGAUUCAAAAAACUGUAAAAAAUACGGCUUGUGAAUGUAAAUUUUUAUUUUUAAUGACAAAAUGUCACCAGAACAAACUAUGGUCAAGCAUUAAAAAUACAUUUAAAAAAAAUUAAUUAACUUCAAAAUAAAAAUAAAAUGCAUUGACACGUACACUUAUUGUAUCAUAGGACUGUUUUUUUUAUUUUUCAAAUCGAUGACAAUCUUCUAGGAUGUGUAUGCUCAGUAAAAAUGGGUCAGUAGUUUGAAAGAAAAAGAAACAACAUUUCAACCCAUCACCAAGGUUUCCAACUUGCAAACCUUCGCCUCCUCGUGAGUGUGAAGAAGAUUGCGAUGAUGGCAGGACUGACUGCACUCGUGCUUAUCAGCACAUUAGGUGAGUUCAGGUACCUCUAUUUUGUAUUUUCCACUUUAUCAAUGUACAAAUUGUUUUUUUUAAUUUUUUUUACAGCUCUGGUUCAAGCAUAUGAUCUGAAACCGAUGUCUUUUGUCGUGGUAGAAGUUGGCGUGAACGUCACAUUGGUAUGCCCUCACUUACAUCAUAUGAGAGACAUAUUUUACUGGUAUAAGAUGAAAUUUGGCUCCAUGAUCCAAACGGUUGCCGCGGGGUAUUUUGGAGAAGUAUUACUUCAAAGCCCAUUCAAGUAUGAAAGAUUCGCAAGUGCGCUCACUGGGGACAGGUACAUUUUAAACAUCACCGAUGUACGCAAAGACGAUGAAGCAAUGUACACUUGCCAGGCUGGAACGUCAUACAACAUGCGCUUCAUCAGUGGCACACAUCUGGUUGUGAAAGAUCAAAAGCACAAGUCCUUCCAUGUGAAACAAAUUCCACAAAGCAAGUCGGUUGACGAGGGCCAAUCUGUGACUAUGCAGUGUUCCAUCCUCACAGAGAGUAAGGAACAUCUCCACCAGUGUCCGGACCAGCACAGCGUCUACUGGUUGAAAUCUGGAUUGGGAGAGUCUCAUCCACAUAUCAUUUACUCCGACGGCGAUGAAGAACAAGACAAAAGGAGAUGUGUCUAUCAUCUGUCCUUGAAAAUACAUAACUCAUCCGACAUGGGAACAUACUACUGCGCUGUGGCCACAUGUGGCCAGAUCCUCUUUGGCCAAGGAACUCAUGUGGAGACUCGUAUGUAUUCAUCUUUUACUUAUUUUAUCGUUAUUGCCCAUCAUCCACAAUCCUUAUGUGAGACAUGAACACGUCUUUCCCAUUUCUGUGUGUUCUAAAGAUAUAAAAACAGAUAAAAGAGGCAAAAAAUGGUCUCACUUUACAAUAAGUUAGAGUAGUUACUAAAGAACUAAUGAGUUAAAUAGGUUAAUUCCUCAUUGACUACAAUACAUUUUGCA